GUCAUACUCCUGUUUGGCGGCCAUUUCUCUUGAAGCUCGGCGGUUCGGGACUUGGCGGUAUCUGCUGUAGUCACGAGGGACGAGCGGCGGCCUGGUUGGCAGCGAGUAGCCUGCAGCAUUCGCCCGUGGUUACGAUGAGUUUACCCCUCAAUCCAAAACCUUUCCUCAAUGGACUAACAGGAAAGCCAGUCAUGGUGAAACUUAAGUGGGGAAUGGAGUACAAGGGCUACCUGGUAUCUGUAGAUGGCUACAUGAACAUGCAGCUUGCAAAUACAGAAGAAUACAUAGAUGGAGCAUUGUCUGGACAUCUGGGUGAAGUUUUAAUAAGGUGUAAUAAUGUCCUUUAUAUCAGAGGUGUGGAAGAAGAGGAAGAAGAUGGGGAAAUGAGAGAAUAGCAUAUUUUGUGGGAGAUUUUUUUUUUUCCCUGACCCCAGCCCCCGGGAUUUUUUUUUUAUAUAUAUAUUUCUAGACAAUAAAGAUUUGUUUGCUCUUCAA